AUGGCCCCCGCACAAGUCGUCAACCGGACGGCGCACGCCUUUGACAAGACCAACCUCGACGCUGUCCUCGCGCGCCGCUUCUUCUAUGCGCCCGCGUUUGAGAUCUACGGCGGCGUCGCUGGUCUGUACGACUAUGGACCGACUGGCUCGUCGCUCCAAGCCAACAUCCUCGACGCAUGGCGUAAGCACUACAUCAUCGAGGAGGACAUGCUCGAGCUCGACACGACGAUCCUGACUCUGUCCGAGGUUCUCAAGACUUCGGGCCACGUUGACAAGUUCACGGACUGGAUGGUCAAGGACGUCAAGAACGGCGAGAUCUACCGUGCUGACCACCUCGUCGAGGCCGUCAUCGAGAGCCGCCUCAAGGGUGACAAGGAGGCGCGCGGCGUCAAAGAAGACCCCGAGGCUGCCAAGGAGGAGGACGAGAAGAAGAAGAAGAAGAAGUCCAAGGUUAAGAGCACGGCCGUCAAGCUCGACGACGAGGUCGUUAUCGAGUACGAAACCGUGCUCGCUCAGAUCGACAACUACACCGGCGACGACCUCCACGCGUUGAUCAAGAAGUACAACAUUACAAACCCCACCACUGGCAACGACCUCUCCGUGCCCGUCGAGUUCAACCUCAUGUUCGAGUCCAACAUUGGCCCCACUGGCCACAUCAAGGGCUACCUCCGGCCCGAGACUGCGCAGGGCCACUUUGUCAACUUUGCGCGCCUGCUCGAGUUUAACAACGGCCGUGUGCCAUUUGCGUCUGCGCAGAUCGGCAAGUCGUUCCGUAACGAAAUCUCGCCCCGCCAGGGCCUGCUCCGUGUGCGCGAGUUUACCAUGGCCGAGAUUGAGCACUUUGUCGACCCCGCAGACAAGAACCACGUCCGCUUCAACGAGGUCAAGGACAUUGUCCUCGCGCUCCUUCCCAAGGACGUGCAGAUGGAGGGCAAGACGGACAUUACGCACAUGACCGUUGGCGACGCGGUCGGCAAGGGCAUUGUUGACAACGAGACCCUCGGCUACUUCCUUGCGCGGACGCAGCUCUUCCUCACCAAGAUUGGUAUCGACCCUAAGCGCAUGCGCCUCAGGCAGCACAUGGGCAACGAGAUGGCCCACUACGCCACCGACUGCUGGGACUUUGAGAUUCAGUCGUCACACGGCUGGAUCGAGUGUGUCGGCUGCGCCGACCGUUCGGCGUACGACCUGUCGGUCCACCAGGCCCGCACCAAGCAGCCCCUCCGUGUGCAGCAGCGCCUUGAUCAGCCCAUCACUGUUGAGAAGCUCGAGUGCACUUUCGACGCCAAGAAGUUUGGCAUGACCUUUAAGAAGGACGCCGGUACCAUCAAGGACACUCUCCUCGCCUCGGACAAGGAGCGCCUCCAGUGCGUCAAGGACGAGCUCGAAAAGGACGGCAAGAGCAAGGUCAAGUGCUCUGACGGUAAGACUUACGAGAUCACCGCGGACCUUGUCCAGAUCAACCCCAAGACGGUUGUCGAGCACGUCCGCGAGUUUGUCCCCAACGUCAUUGAGCCGUCGUUCGGCAUCGGCCGUAUCCUCUACUCGCUUCUUGAGCACUCGUACUGGGCUCGUGAGCAGGACAAGGCUCGUGGCGUCCUCUCAUUCCCCGUCAUCGUCGCGCCCAUCAAGGUACUCAUCGUCGCCAUCUCAAACGACCCCAAGCUCACCGCGGUGAUCCACGACCUCACCCGCAAGCUGCGCAAGUUUGGCAUUGCGUCGCGUGUUGACGACUCUGGCGCGUCCAUCGGCAAGAAGUACGCGCGUAACGACGAGCUUGGCACGCCGUUUGGCUGCACGGUUGACUUUGCCACCCUCCAGAACGGCACGAUCACGCUCCGCGAGCGUGACACGACGUCGCAGCUUAUUGGUAAGAUUGACGAUGUGAUUGCGGUCGUCGACGAGCUCGUCAAGGGCACGCUCGACUGGGACAGCGCAAGCAAGAAGCUCGAGGUAUACAGCGGUGUCCAGGAUGUCGAGUAG